GGCCGAACUUGGGGUUUUCUUUCAACACCAGUUCGCUCCAAUGGGAAAGGUAACGAUAACUUUGGGCAAAAGGAAGAGACAGAGGAAUCCCAAAUUUGUAUCGGCUACUGGCUCAGUUAACCCUAGUGGUACCAUUGCUGUCACAUACAGACCCAGAAAGCUUCUAUCGAUGGCUCCAAACAAUAUUCGAGUGCUGAAGAGGCACAGGCCACAGGAAAAUAUCAACGAGUGUGAACGUGAUCCGGUUCUAGAAUCGGAAGAAAUGGUUUGUUAUAGAGAACCGACAAUGUAUGGUAAUUUGCUGGCAUCUCUCGGUUGUUCGAAAAAAGUUGUUGCCCGUAUGAAAAAAAGAAGGGUGAGGAAGAAGGAAGGUAAAAGCGACAAAGAAGGAGUUGAGGAUGAGGAAAACAGUGGGUCUGCAGAGGAUGAAGAGAUUCAAGGGGCUGGUCAGGAAAGUCUCGGAGGUCUUACUAGGAACACAGGGCAGGAGAAUAAUGAUAAUCAUAACAAGGAAGAAGAAGAUUUUGAGGCUUGUGAAACGGAUGAUGUGGAGAAUGAGUUGUGUACCAAUGGCCAAUCUUCAUAUACUAGUUCAUUUAGAGAGCACCUUAGUCACAUAUUAUCAUCUAAAGAAUUAGAUACUUUACCAAAAGGCAAAUGGAAGUUUCAAUGGGAAGCACCUGCCAUUGGCAUGCCAAAUUGCAUCUGGAGAGGAACUAGACCAAAUUUUCUUCAUGUUGCUCAGAGUGAUCCAACUUAUGGUCUCAAGCCUAAGUUAUAUAAGCACUGGCUUCAGUUAUACGAGAAAUCUGGAGGAAAAGAUUUUGGCUCGUCUAACAGAAGAAGAUUCUUCUCCAUUUGCAACAGCUAUAUGGAUGUUUUUCAUUCUAAUAAGAAUGGAGGCCGUGGAGAAGACUCCGGUCACAUGGACGCAUACCUUAUGCAUUCUUUGAAUCACAUUUUUAGAAGUAGAGAUCUUGUCAAGAAGAAUGAAUGUAAGAUUCACAGUCUCUCUGUAGAGGAAAUUCUUUCUGAUGAUGGAUUGCGAGACCAAGGAUUUACUCGUCCAAAGGUACUGAUUCUACUUCCAUACAAGUGUACUGCUUUUCGCGCCGUGAUGAGGCUCAUUCAACUAACUCCAGAAUCUCAGAGGGUUAAUGUACAACAGCUUGACCGGUUUGAUAAGAAUUUUGGACUCACAUCGGAAAAUGUGAUACCAAAAAAACCUUACGAUUGGGAAGCCCUUAUUGGUGAGGGGAACGCUGCAUAUGAUGAUGCCUUUAUGAUAGGCAUUGAGCAUACAAAGGAGAGCAUUAGGCUGUACGGUGAUUUCAAUUCCUCGGACAUGAUUAUUGCUUCACCCCUUGGGUUAGUUGAAGCCAUUGGUAAAGCAGAAGAUCAUAUUGGAAAAGAUGUUGAUUAUCUGUCCUCCAUCGAGGUUUUGGUUAUCGAUCAUGCAGAUGUAUUGAUGUCUAUGCAGUAUUGGAAGCACAUUGAUAUAGUCUUCAAACAAUUAAAUAGAUUGCCAUCAAAACAACAUGAUACCACCAAUAUCAUGCGAGUCCGACCGUGGUAUCUGGAUGGACAUGCACGGUUCUAUCGGCAGUCAAUAAUUAUAAGCUCUCAUUUAACCGCAGAAUUGAAUUCUCUGUUCAAUCAUCAGUGCUUGAACUAUAAAGGAAAGAUGAAACUGGAGUGUGCGUACGAUGGUGUUCUUCAUGAAGUGUUGUGCAAUGUCACUCAGAUUUAUAAAAGAUUUGAUGCAACCUCCAUGCUCCAAGCUGACACUGCACGUCUUGAAUAUUUUGCCAACAAGGUGUUCCCAAGGAUUCGAGAUUCUGUUCAGGGUGGAGUAAUGAUCUUUAUCAAUUCUUCCUACGAGUACAGCAAGCUUAGAAUGUUUCUGAAGUCGCAAAAAGCCUCUUUCUGUUAUAUUGACGAAGAUGCAACUAACGAUGUUAAGUCCCGUGCACGACUUGAGUUUUUUAACGGGAGCAAACAGAUCAUGCUUUACACUGAGAGAGCAUACUUCUUUUGGGGAUACAAGAUCCGUGGCAUAAAGCAGUUAAUUUUCUAUUCCCUUCCGGAGCGGAAGAAGUAUUACCCUCGGAUAAUGAACAUGCUUGAAGAAUCACAUGACAUGGAGGCUACUGUGCUUUUUUCUCGUUUUGAUCAGCACCAGCUGGCAAGGAUCGUUGGGAAAGAUUCAGCAAACAGAUUGAUCAGGUCUAAGGGGAGCAUCUAUGCUUUCCGUUAAGUUGUGGAGAGUGAUCACGCCCACCCGAAGCUUUUGUUUUAUAUUUAAAUUCACUUUGAAUUACAUCUUUA